AUGUCUCUCAAACUCCUAACUUUCAACACUUGGGGUUUGAAGUACGUAUCUAAGCAUCGGCAAGAAAGGUUAAGAGCAAUUGCUGAUGAAUUAGCUGAUGAUACCAAACAUGAUUAUGACAUUGUUGCUCUGCAGGAGGUUUGGUGUGAUGAAGACUGGGAAUAUUUGACGACAAAGUGCAAUAAGAAGUAUCCUCAUAGCCGCAGAUUUUAUGCUGGUAUAAUAGCUGGUCCGGGUUUGUGUGUACUGUCUCGUAUUCCCAUAGAGUCCACGUUUUUGUACAGGUUUCCAAUCAAUGGAAGUCCUUCUGCAUUCUUUAGGGGCGACUGGUAUGUCGGCAAAAGUGUAGGCGUUAUCAAACUGGCCCCGUUGAGAGAAGGUGGCAGACCUAUUGCUUUGUUGAACUCUCACAUGCACGCUCCUUAUGCCCUGAACGGUAGCGCCAGCUACUUAUGCCAUCGAACCUGCCAGGCCUGGGAUUUUGCUCACCUUGCUGAAGCGUUACGCUCAAGCGGUUAUGCUGUUGUGGUCGUUGGUGACUUGAAUUCAAGACCAGGAAGUAUUCCAUAUCGUAUUUUCCAGCAAAUUGGGCAACUUUCAGAUUCGUGGGAAUUGGUACAUGGCACCAUAGAUUCGAAAGUAGUGGCGCAGCUAUCACCAGAAGAGCAAGUUAUUACUGCUGGUACCACCUGUGAUUCUUUACUCAAUACCUGGCGGCUGAAAUGUGCCCCUCAAAGUGCCGCAAGGCUUGAUUUUGCGUUGGUGAGUGCAGAUCGUAUCAAGCCCACAUCCGCCAAGGUUGUAUUUACCACCCCAAUUCCGAACGUUGGAUCUUAUUCAGAUCAUUUUGCAUAUGCGACAACACUUGAAAUACUCAACUUGGAUGCUCCUUUUAAUAAAUCUCGAUCGUCACCGUCUUCUAUUGCAGCUGAACCAGCAUUAUAUCGUGAUAUUAUUGCUGUCUUGGAUGCUUAUCAAAAAACCUGGAGACGUCAGGUAAAAUGGAGAUCUUUUCACGUCUUUGUUUCAAUUUUAGUCAUUAUUGGAUUGCAUGUUUCCGUAACAUUAGUCUCUUUCAUAGCCCCAUGGUCUAGUGUUCUUUUUCUUUUCACGUCAACAUUAAUAACUGUGCUUGCGGUUACCAACUUUUUCAUCGUUGCACUUUUUUUACCUUCCGAGCGACGGAAUAUAAUCGAAGUCCGUCAGGAAGUUUUAGACAGAUUGAGGCUCGUUAAAGAAUGA